AUGCAAUUGCAGAGGUUAUAUCAGUUACGGGUCUGGUCAGACGAUAGUAUGCUAAACAAAUGGUGCACGGAAAGUCAUGAGGAAAACCUCAAUCAAGGUGAAUUUGAGCGCAUCUUAACGAACGAUUUUUCUCUACCGAAAGACAGUAUGCUGAAGGAGUGGUAUAAUGGAACUUAUAAAAAAAUCGCAAGAAUCAAGCGAACCGAUAUGGGUGCAGAUGGGCUUGAGGAUAUUUUGACUGAGUUUCCUCCAGCAUUUGAAUUUGCUAAACCACUUUGCAGAGCUAUACGAGACAUUCUUUUCCCGUACGGGGACAGAGGAAUUAUCGUUGGCACCCCGCAAGAUCCGAAGCGUUUAUAUAAUCCUGUUAUCAAGGCAUAUGAUGAUGCGAUCGCCAAAAUCAAAUCUUGA